CUACAGGAUCCCCCCUGGGACAAACAUCUAAGAUGAAAAAAACAUAAAAGAUUACUAGAUAGAAUACAACUUAAUGUUCCCUCAGGGUCAGAGGAGGCAUGGCCCUGGUGCUAGGGAGCACCAAGGGAGGGGGUGGUUUUCUGUGUUUGUAGGCUUUCCAAGUGCACCUGGUUGGCCACUGCAUGAGGCAGGAUAUUGGAAGGGAUGGGUCUUGGCUGGAUCCAGCAAGGUUUUUCUGAUGUUCUUAAAGUGGGGGAAAGGUUCAGAAACCCAAAAGAGAUUGUCAAAUAGUUACAUUUUCAAAUCAGCAAGCAAACAUUUCAUUGCUGAAAUUUUAUAAAUGUAUGUUUAGAGCAUGGCCACCUAAUGGCGCAGUGGGGAAAUGACUUGAUUAGCAAGUCAGAGGUUGCUGGUUCAAAUCCCCGCUGGUAUGUUUCCCAGACUAUGAUAUAGGAAGAUGUUGAAAGGCAUCGUCUCAUAUUGGGUGGGAGAUGGCAAUGGUAAACCACUUCUGUAUUCUACCAAAGACUACCACAGGGCUCUGUGGGCGUCAGGAGUUGACACUGAUUCAACGGCACACUUUACCUUUAUGUUUAGAGCAUGAUCCAGCUAAUGAUACAUUUUAAUACCAUUAAUUUCAGUGAAAGAAAGAAAUGUGAUUGACUCUCUCACUGAAAUAAAUGGCACUUUAAAGUGCUAAACUGAAAUGUGCCCCUUCUUCCUUUAAACACAAGCUCAGAAGUUAUUUUGGUUGUUGCAUCUCUAUAUUGCGAACAGUAAACUAGAGUGUAAGUUAAAAAUAAUGCUAAAAUAACAACAACCACUGUUCUUGAAAGCAAACAUGCACAGCACAAAUGCAGAAUUGAUGUGACUAGACUUCAAAAACAUUCAGAUAUGACUGUUUCGCACGUUACUGCUUAUUUUUUGUGAAUUAAAAAUUCACAUAUGCAAUAGGAGGUCAUUGUCAUAUUUGUUUAUUGAAUGUAUAUUCCAGCUUUCCAUUAGUUUGCUUAAGGCAGCAAAGUCAAAACAAAAUAAGCAAUUACUCUAAAUAAAACACAAGUAAGAAUCUUAAAAUGACAUCAUACUUACCUGAAUGAAAACUGAUGGCUGGUCUUGUUGAUGAUUGUUCUGUGGUUAGCACUACAGGGAUGGCAGGCUGCUCAGCUGUAGCAACUGAUGUGUUUUUUUGUAGAAGAGCAACAGAGAUGGCAAAUGGGAGCUUUCUAGUGCUAGAGCACUUGACAACAUUCCCACCUUUUGGAUUAUCUGUCAUUGUGUGGGCCCUUGUAAGAGAUGGGGCAUCUGGAAGUAUAAGAAAUGCAAUAGCUCCCCUGCCCCUCACUUCCCCAUAUGUUUUUAUCUACAUCAAUAAUAAGGGAUGGGACUCAUGGGAGACCAAGGUAUCUUACUUCUGACUCCAUAUUGCUCAGGGGUUCAAUCAAUCUUUAUUACGGUCAUAGUUCAGCAUAAAGUAUACUGGACUUGCUCAGGAAUUUUCUUUCAUGGUGUUAGAACAAAACUGCUCCUUGUCCAAAAAACAACCACCACCCCCAAACAUAGAGGGGGUGUGUGUUUUAAAAAGUUAUGUAUUUUUUAGACACAGCAAUGGAUAGAAGAUUACAUUGGUUUUGCAUUCAUAACCAGAAAUGACAGGCAUUUAAAAAAAACCUAUAUUAGCAUAACUAUACAACUUUUUCUCAGACACGUAAUACAACAUAAACCUUUCAGCUUCCUGUAUAUAUAGCUAUGAAGAUCCUCGAUCAAGAGAAAAGAACAGUAGUCAUAAUGUAUCUAUCUUCUAUUAUAUCUAGUAGUCAUAAUAUAUAUUCUAUUAUAUCAAUAGAAGAGAUAUAUAAGCUCUUCAGGGAGAUGGCUGCCUACAGAGGUGGAUGCCCAGGGAUAGAACACCGGUCCGUUGCUAGGAUACCAAACAGAAGCAUUCAGAUUUGACUGUUUCUUUCUCUGGAAACCCACAGAGCUUAUUCCUAGCGUUGAGACUAGAGUGAAGAAAAUACCAUUAGGGUUUUGAUCAGCCUUGCAUCAGGAAUAAAGCUUUCCUUCCUGUAUGACCAUACUUUGGAAGCAGAAAAUGGAGACUGCAUAUCUCAAAAAAUGCCUGGGCAGGUGCUUAGUAGAUGGUCUUGCCGAGAUAGCAGAGCGUCGACCAGCAGACCCAAUACAAUACUUGGCAUUCUGGAUUUACAAGUAUAGGAAGAAUAUAGAUGAUGCACUACAGAGGAGACUGGAGAGGGAGGAGCUGGAGCGAGAGCGUGAGGAGGCCCAAAGAGAAGUGGAAAUGUUGGCAAGAAUGAAAGAAGAAGAACUUUUGAUCCAGCAGAAACUUGAAGAAGAGAGGCAGGCACAGAUGGAACAAGAACGUGAGGAACAGGAGAGGAUGGAGAGAGAGAGAGCAGAAGAGCUCCUGUUAGAGCAGAAAUAUCAAGCGGAGAUGGAGAUGAAGGCUAUAGCUGAGGGGGAAGCCACACUGAAAACCUUGGCAGAACUAUCAGAUAAAUAUGGAGCUCCCCAUUUGCCUAGAGUUGACGAGAUAGAUGAAAUGGAGCCAUCUGAACAUGCAAUGGCUAAUAUAACUGAGUUAGAGGAAGAAGAGGGACAAAUGUGACCAAGAUCUUUCCCACCUGCUCCUGUUGCUUCUGGAAACUCCAAGGCUUACUACACAUAUGGAUGAUCCAUGCCAAGGAAAGAGGGAAUAUAGGGCUAAAUGAUUCAAUAAGGGAAUGCAGCCGAAAUAUGAACUUUUUCUUUCUUUAAAAUAAAAGUAAAAUAAGUA